AUGGUGAAUGGGUAUUUUGUUCAUUUUACUACAGAUACUGGAGCUUCCACCAGUAUUCUGUCUCACAGAGUAUACAAGAAAUUAAAGGAUGAUAAAAAACCUUUGUUGAUAGGAAAUUCUCAACUCCGAGGUGCAGGUGGGGCAAAUAUACCUGUUUAUGGGUAUGGAUCCUUUGAAAUUCAAAUUGGAGAAGUAAGAAUAGAGAAACAACUCUUGAUAGCAGAAAUAGAAGAUGAUGCUCUUCUGGGAAUGGACAUUUUAAUGGACAAAGAAAGUAAAGCCGAAAUUCAUCUGGACAGAAAAAUUAUAAAAUUUUAUGGACAUGAAAUUCCAUGCAUUUCAAAUGAUGAUGAAUCGAAAUUGACUCUUAGAUCAGCUGACCAAUACACUAUACCCCCUAUGAGUGAAAUGCUGAUUCAGGCAUUUGUUGAACGUAAUAGUGAAGAAGAUAAAGAGAAAAUGUACCUUUUUGAAUCUUCACCAGAAUUUACAGCUAAAUCUUCAUUGCUUGUGGCGCCAGCAGCGAUUGAUAUUGUUAGAAAAGUUACAGUACCCUUGAGAAUCAUGAAUCCUCUGGAAGAAACCAAAACAUUGUACCAAGAUACAGUUCUGGGAACUGCUGAGGUCUGUUUGGAGGUAUCAAGAUUGGGUUUACAGGUAGCUGAGGAAAACAAUGUCAGAAGAGUAGCUGAAAAUGGAGAGGGGUUGGAAGGUCAAACUGAAGAGGAAUCUUUAGCACACUUGACAGAUCUGUAUGAGAGGUCUAUAAGUAACUUGUCCAAAGAAGAGGCAAAAACCUUGAAAACCCUGCUAAAAAGUUAUUCAGAUGUCUUCUCCAAAAAUGAAUGGGAUUUAGGCAGAACUCACCUCACAGAGCAUGAAAUAAUAACUGAAAAUCAUCGUCCAAUAAAACAGCCUCCACGUCGAGUGCCCUUGGCUUUGGCAGAUGAAGAGAAAAAUGCAAUUCAGCAACUUCAAGACAAAGGAAUCAUUAGACCGUCUUUGUCUCCUUGGGCUUCUCCUUUAGUCCUAGUAAAAAAGAAGAAUAAGAUAACUUGUUAUAAUAUUAUUUCAUUGUUAAUUGGGAAAUAA